UGCCUGCGAGUCUGUGAGUUAGAAUCCAACAUAAUUCCAGUGAACGGUCGUUUUUUGUUGACAGGAAGGAAACAUCGUAGCAUCGGCAUUGGAUACUUUGGCAACGUCAUACAUGUCCCUUGGCAAGCCAUUGCAAUUCCAAUUACCUCGGCUGUAGUGAUUAUUUUUGUGGCAGUAUUGUCUGUGCUCUGCGUAUGUCGACGUUCACGUUCGCUCAGUCGCUCAACAAGUACACAAGUUGUUCAUCGCAAAUACUGGCACCUCAGCGAAGAUGAUACCGACGUAGAGAGUGACGGCGUGGGUGCCUCGAUGCAAGAUCUGUCGCCUGCCGAAAGAAGCAAUCAUAACGACUUUAGCACAACUUUUUCUCCAAUGUCUUCACCGGCGAAGGUGCUUCCAAGACAGGCAACAGUGCCUAUACUUACUCAAAAACAGCGUCAGGAAGCCUUCCGUAAACAACUCUCUCUGCAGGGUAGUCCGUCGCGAAGUGUAGAGUUUGAAAUCAAGAAGCAUCUGAAAGAGGAACCUAAAAUUGGGAACUUGCGGCCGGAGUUGUAUCGUAAUGAUUUCAAUGAGGCAGAAUCUCGAGGACAGUUAUGCGGCAAGAUGGAAGUAUCGUUAAAAUAUGACCAGCCGACAGAGUGUUUAACAGUUAACAUCAUCAAAGCAACCGGACUACCAGCCAAAGACUUCUCCGGUACUUCGGACCCUUAUGUUAAAAUUUAUCUCUAUCCAGAUCGAAAGAAAUUUCAAACUAAAGUUCAUCGGAAAACUUGCAACCCAAUAUUCCACGAAACAUUCGAAUUCAACGUUGCCUACGCAGAUUUAUCAGAAAAAUCUCUAAAGUUUACAAUAUAUGAUUUUGAUCGGUUUUCCCGGCAUGAUCUGAUUGGAGAAAUAUCCGUGGAUGAUUUGAUGAGUAAAGUAGAUCCAACAAGUGGUGCAAGACAUUUUCAACUGGAUAUUUACAGUACACAAAGUCAGGAAAGACCAGACCUUGGAGAAAUUAUGUUCUCAUUAUGUUUUUUACCUACUGCCCAUCGGCUGUCACUGAACGUGUUAAAAGCCAGAAACCUUCGAGCUAUGGAUAUCACUGGUGCUUCCGAAACAUCUUCACCAAUAUCAAUUUCAAUGAUAACUAGUGAAAAUAAUCGAAGUAAUGAAACGGUAGGGCAUAGCGAGCUUAUAGGAGUGUGCGAGGUCGGAGCAAACUCACCGGGUCAGGGCUCUGAGCAUUGGCAAGAGAUGCUUCAGUCUCCUCGAAAGCAGGUUGCAAACUGGCAUCAGCUGAUGGAGAGCUCACCCUCACUGUUGACUGGUAGCAAUCUAGGAUUGAGGGGCUGUAUAACACCGCAACAAUCUACCGACGACUGA